GGCUCAAGCGGCUCAAGCGGACCGGGAGCGGAGCAAAGGCUGAGCGGCCAUGGGAACUGAUGGAGAUGUGUCCAUCGGCUACACGUGCACAUGCAAGGAAGUUCUUGAGGCCUACAACAAGGUAUUUGCCGGUGGUCCUUGAGAUUCCCCGAAGAAAGCUAAGCUUUCCAGAACAUCCAGAAGAGAUGGUCAAUGUAGAUUUCCAGGGUUCUGUGGAGGACGAGUUGUAUGAAGUGGUGGUUUGGCUUGACUCGAUCUUGGACCGCUUCUACACUGUAGAUACCAAGAAGAGGAAGAAACUGAAAUACGCGCAUCAAGCCUCUCAACAAAAAGUCUUUCAUUAUCGCUUCGAAAUGGACAAAUUCUUCCUGGGUUUCUAUGUGAUGAACUUCCGGUGUUCUGAUGGUGGCAACUUUCGCGACAUGGACCUGGAUCAAUUCCAGCUCAGCGACCACGAGAAGAGGACUCUGGACGAGGCACUUGGGGUCGUGGGCUGCGAGACGAGCGGUCGGCCCUUGAAGGUGGCAGUGCAAUCCUGAAACAGCUGAAGUCACAGGCUCACGUCGUGAUCCUUUGUCCGCGCGAGGCCGGUCUCACCGGAGGAGGAGAAGAGCACUUGGAAGCUGACCCAGCAGACCGUCAAUGCGUGGGUCAAGCUCUUUUAGCUUGAGUUUGUCUUUUUUUCAACAUGUUUUAACAGAUUAUUUCCAACUUUCAUGAUCCUGACCGUGUGCAAGACACGUGUAUUCUUGGAGUUGAACACUGCGUGGUGAAAGACUGUUUGCAAUGGGUGGUGGCGGCUGAGAUGCGACUUUUGCAAUCCGGUCUGUUGCCCACAGUUUGCAUUUGGAAUGCUAUUGUUCCUGCUUUUCUGUACAGUAUAUUCUCAUGAAAAUCAAUUCUCAGGUACUCAGGUACAUAAAUAGAUUCCCUGCUCCCUGCCGAGAGAGCAAGAACAUGGAUGUUCAAACUGGGUAGUUCCCCAGGACCUCCGACCUGC